AGAGUCUCGCGCAGAGAGAGUUUCAGCAGCGAACUGAAAGUGAACAGGGGGGCAUUUCGCUCUCUCUCACACACACACACACAGCACUCGGACAGUGCUUGGAUUUAACCUCUCCGGGAGCUUUGAGCGAUGCGCUGGCAGAAUGGCCCGAUGGUUCAAGGAACACCUGGGAUUCAAAACCACCAAAGCCCCGCCGCCCGCGCCUCCGAAGCCGGACUACCGACACUUCCACCCGGGCAUCUCCAGCGCUGCUCCCGCGCUCCUGCUCCAGGGCUCCGCGCUCAUGCCCGCUCAACCCGACAUACUCACCGCAUACAAACUCCAGAAGGAGCUGGACUUCGAGGACCCGUACACUCCGGCCGGGAACAUGAACAUGCCCUUUUCCUCCUCCACGGGACCGAGCUCCACGGGCUCGCCGGACGUGAAGUUCGUGUCUCCGAAGCACCGGCUCAUCAAGGUGGAGACGGCCGAGCGGAGCGGCUCGAGCCCGGGCAGCUGCAGCGCGGUGACCGCGGUCAAAUCCCCCGGUUCUCCACCCGCGGAGACCGAGAACAGUAAACCGGAGAAGCUCAUCAUCCUCGAGGACUAUGCCGACCCGUUCGACGCCGCGGAUCAGGCCGGCGGGUCCCAGACGGUCUCAGAGAAGCCAGCGGAGAACGACGGGUACAUGGAGCCGUACGAAGCCCAGAAGAUGAUGGCUGAAAUCCGCGGCGGUCGAGCUCCUAAAGACGGCGCGGCUCUGCCCCUCUACGACACCCCGUACGAGGAGAACGGAGGAGACGGUGAGGCCCAGCGCUGCUCGCGGGAGAGCCGCUUACCCCAGGACGACGACAGGCCGCCCGAGGAGUACGACCAGCCCUGGGAGUGGAAGAAAGAGCGCAUAUCCAAAGCCUUCGCAGUGGAGAUUAAGGUGAUAAAGGACCUGCCGUGGCCUCCUCCGGUCGGGCAGCUCAACACCAGUCCUCCUGUAAUGGAGUUGGUGGAGUCUCCAUCCUCCCCGGGUCUCAGAGAUACAGUGAACGCCUGUGACCAGCUCACGAACGUGCAGUUUGACGGCGUGGAGAAGUCCCGGAUGUCUCCCAGUAAAGAUGUGAAGUGCCGUCCGCUCCAGCGCCAGUCCAGUAAGAUGAGCUCUGGGGACCCGGGCCUGGGCGAGCGCAUCGACCCCGAGCUGCCACUCGAGAGCCAGAUCUGGUUCCACGGAGCGAUCAGCCGGACCGACGCCGAGUCUCUGCUCAGGCUGUGUAAAGAGGCCAGUUACCUGGUGAGGAACAGCGAGACCAGCAAGAACGACUUCUCGCUCUCGCUCAAGAGCAGUCAAGGGUUCAUGCACAUGAAGCUGUCCCGGACCAAAGACAACAAGUACGUGUUGGGUCAGAACAGCUGUGUGUUCGACAGCGUUCCCGAGAUCAUCCACUUCUACUCCAGCCGGAAACUUCCCAUCAAAGGAGCCGAACACAUGUCUCUGCUGUACCCCGUGGCCAUCCGGACUCUCUAGCGGAUCUGCGGUCAGUGUUCGCGAGACCGUCGGUGAACUAAAGCGCGACUGACAUCCCGAAGGCAAAGUUUCGUACGGAAGAAAACACUCUCAGCGCCUUCGCGGGAUCCAGACCUGUGUCCUCUCCUUUUGCUCACAUUCGUGGAUCUUUAGUCUUAGACCUGCACACACACUUUACCGUCGGCAUCUCCUCUGUACAGAAACGUCAUAAUCAACCGCUGGAUGUUUAUCGUUAUGAUUAAGUCCUGCGUGAAUUAUGGGUGUUACUUCUAAACAAUCAGUGAAACACUCGCAAUAAUACACUUUUUAAAAACUGGGUUGACAUUAUUCUGCUCGCAAAAAAUGUAAGUGUAAAAGCAUCAAUAAGGUACUUUUUCAACAGACCACGAAUAAACCCAAUUCGUGUUUUUUGUAUUUAUAUAUAAUAUACAUCAAAUUUAAUUUUAUGUAAUAUACUGUACAUAAAAGCCCUUUUUUUCUUUUUUUUUUUACAAAAUAUACAUAAAAUGGCCCAAAAAAAAAUGCUAAAAGAUUUUCCUGUGAAAACAAACGAGAUUAUUUGAUUAUUUUAGCGGGAUAUCGGGAGAACAGACACAUGUGGAGUGUAUGAUGUCAUACUUUUACAGCAGAAUGCAAAGGGAACAUGGAAAAUAAUCAUGAUUUAACCCUUAUGCUGCAUUAGGGACAUUUUUGGUCUUUUGCAGUUUAAUUUCUUUGACCAUUUUGGCUGUUU